AAUACCCACGAUGAUCCUGGAUUCAAUUUCAAUCUUAUCUGAUUUGAGUAACUGGACAUUUUUCCGAAUCAACUUCGGUAAAGUGCUAGAAUAACCUUCCUCGCAAAUCCUUAAGUUCUUAGAAGUUUUUCAUUCCCAUACCUGCAACGCUGACGUUUUAAAAACAAACACCGACAAACACUCAGCUGGGCAGUUUUUAUUUUGAAUUUUAUGUUCUAGGUUUAGCGAGCAAUGGGAGACAGUGAUGAUGAUCUUGAAAUUGUCCAUGAAACAAUUUCUAACGAUAAGACAAAAAAUUGGAAGUAUCCUGUCGCUAAUCCUUGGAUUAAGAAAGAUGGAGGAGCCAAUGACAUUUUGCAAACCAUCCGAAACAAACUUAAGAUGGAGAAUAAUAGCCCUCAGUUCAAUAGCAAUGAUACUACUCAACCGACACCAUCUUCUUCUGGCACCAAAAGGGAGCGUAAGAAACCUAUAGAAAAACAAAUAACUCCACUACCUGGUGCAGGAAGUGCCAUACCAAACUUGCAGGCAACGCCAGAGAGGUCAUCCCACAAACCACCUCUAUCGUUGACUCCUGAACAAAUCGCAGAACUCACUGAGAACUGUCUUGAUAGUGACAAUGAACCUGAAGCAACACCAAGUAAAUUGCCCCAGACCCAAGGAAUGCAGUCACAAGCAACCAAGAGGACCCUGAAUUUUUCCAGCGUCAAAACCUCCAGUAGUAUUCGGAACAGAGCAUACAAGUUCUUUGGAUCAGGGACCUCCAGCACUGAGGCAGAACAAAUUUUAAGUCAAGGAGAUGGAGACACACUGCACUCUCCUUCAAAGUCACCAUCACCAAAGAAAAAGAGGCUGUCGAAAAACUCUCCCAUACGCUUGUUAAAUAGGAACAAAAGCCCUGUGGCAAGCACAUCAGCGCAAAGUCCACCUGGAUCAGCUUCUAAAGUGCGAAGGCGUAUCCAUAAUGAUGAAGACGGAAUGAAUGAGGGUCCUUACUAUUAUGAAGCUUUUUGCUUUAUGAUUAGGAAAGUUUGUAAUAAUGUGGCUUACCAUCAUCUUUUUCUUGAAUCUGAACUUAAUGCGUUAAAAGAGAUAGGUCAUUGCAAACAAGAAAUUCAACUUUAUGUACGACUGAUGAACAGAAAAGACAAAUGGAAUAGGUGCUCAGAUAUCUCAUACAAUGAUAUUUCAAUAGAUCUUGCACCUCUCUUCAAGUUUCUUGAAAACAAAGGCUUUGUCACUUUUGAUGUAUCAGAUGAAACGACAGAUGCACUUUUACAUAUUUUGAAGGUAGAAGACUUAAAGAAAAUUUGCUCAGCUUUUAAACUGAAAAAAACUGGUAAUAAGCCGGAUCUUGUACAGGCUUUACUUUCUAUGCAAAGAACCCAGUCUACUUUGAAUGGCAUCAACCCUCUACGGCAAAAAGUGGAAGCUGCACUUGGACAAUGUGUUAGAUUAACCACUGAAUGGAGAAUAGUAUUUCGUCGCUGCAUCCUUCUAUUCUCAAUGUUCCAUUCAUUUGAAGAUUUAGACAAGCUUAGCUCCGAACAGGCCUUACUGCUGUUGCAAGUUAAGCUUGGCAAUAUGGUAUUUCCAAUAGUUGAUGUCAAGACCAAUCAAUCUGUUCAAAUUUUUAAGACAAGGGAACAGCUUAUUAGAUAUGAGGAAGCUAAGAUGCUUCAUCAGGACUUAAAUGCUGCCAUAGAGGAUAAAGGGCAUACAGAAGUAGAGCAAAUUACUAAGAAUUGUAUGAGUCAGUUGAAAGCUUUGUUAGGUGUAUCAUCUGAAACGGACCAUAUCCUGCAAUUACCCAAAUUUCUGCGAAAAUUCUGUGCUGGGUCUUCCUACACAUACUCUCUAACAAAGUCAAUAGAUGCUUUGAAACAAGGAAAGAAGUAUACUCUGGCAUUAGAUAUUCUGAAAUUUCUGUUGAACCAGAACGUAUACUGUCUCCAAUAUCAGGGCCGGUGGGCUCUUCUGCUGUCAUCACUGCUUCACAUUAAUAUCAAGAAUAUUGUCAAGGCUAGCCAAGUGUUAUGUUCCGCUUUGAAAAAGAAAUCAUCACUGAGCCCUGUUGAUAGGAUGCAUUUGCAACUUAGGGCGGAGAAAGUUUACAAAUUAAAGAAAAAUGGGCUUUCAAAAGAGCUGAAAGAACAGCUUAAGCGUGUUAUGGACCCACCCUGUGAAGCUCCAGAAAUGGUGGAAAUAAAAGCUCGAGCCCUUACAGGAUCUAAACCGGGUCUAAAAAAGAUAUAUGUCAAAGAUAGUGCAGAAUGCAGAGCCUUCAUGUCAGUAGAAGAAACUGUCAUUGACCAUUAUAAGUCCUUUGGUUUUCACAAUGGAGUGCAUGAUGAAGGCUCAACAAUAUCCUCAUUGUGUCUUUUAUCUUUGUGGAACAUCAUUUACGACGUGUCUGUGCCACUAGUAUUCCAAAGUCCUUACCAGGACAGACCCUUAGAUUGGGGCUCUAAAUUCUUUUAUGAAUCUAGGAAAGAACCCAUUGAGGCACAUUUUAAUUAUUUGUUGCGUCAAGAUGUUCAGUCAGUUGCAAAAGAGUUGCAUGAACUCCGUUUAAAAUAUGGACAUACUACCUGCCUUGUGAAUUGGGACAGGCUGGAAAACUUAAACUUUCAAACAUUCUUAGAUUGUGUAACUGUACCAACCUUUGUUGCUGUGUCAAGGAGGCUUAUCCAAGACUGGAAAUCUCACAGAUGUGGAUUUCCAGAUCUUAUACUUUGGUGUUCCUCCCAGAAAAAGUGUUUGUUCAUAGAAGUGAAAAGUCCUAAUGACACUUUGUCAUCAGUGCAGUGUCUGUGGUUGAGCUUCCUGCGUGGUAUUGGUGCCAAUGCAAUUGUUGUUAAUAUUCGAGAAUCUGGUUCCAAAACACUAGCAGUACAAAUGAAAUAAAAAAUCAAAAUUGUGGCAAAGCUCACUGUUUGUUACAGAUAAUUGUUAUAUCAGUAAAUAAGAAUCAAUAAUGAAAGAAACAAAAUUGUUAAUUAUGCAUGCUUUAUUGAAAGUUGGAUUUGAAGUAUAAUUGUUGAUAGCAGUUGUGCUUGUGGUGCUCAGCCACCACUGAUCACAUACUUGAGAUUUUACAAAUAAAUUGUUACAAAAUAGAAA